AUGCCCGAAACGGACAUGUACGACUCGGAGAUCGAGCUGGACGAAUUCUCAUUCAACCGGAAAACAUCACACCCGCGACGCAACGGAUCAGUCAGACCUCGCCGAUCAUGGCGCGACACUCAACGGAGUUCUGUGUGGUGGAUAGCUUUGGUCUGUCUGGUGACCUUUGCUUCACCAACCGCGGCCGUCUUAUUGGACUUUGACAACUGUCUAUCGAAAACCAUCCUUGAAUCCGUCCCUCGGCAAUUACAAUUCGUUCCGACCAAUGUCUCCGUCACAUUCAAUCUCACCGACGCUCUCAACCCGCUCAAUGUGACGGUUUAUGGAAAUGUGUCGGGAACCGCGUCGCGGACUGCGAACUACCCGGCACCGAACUCCCCGGAUUGGACGAAUCCUAAUUGGACCGAUGGGAAAAUCGAGGACCUGAGCAGUGUGAACAACAUGUAUAGCACGUUGUUGACGGAGUUCAACGUGCUGAGUUUCACACCUUUUCACAACGCCUCCCGCUUCAGCGACUCGGUCACGCAAGGCUCAUUCCCAUUAGCCCCCGUCUUCAAUUUCAAUCUGACCAAUUUGACCACAUUACGAGCGUUCUCCGUUCAGCAUGAUAUGCUGUCCACCUACCGCUUCGGUACGAUCAUGCCCUCAAUGACGCUUCGCUCUGGAGAUAUUUCCGCGGCGCAGCUGGGCUGUAUAUCGGUGAAGAUCACACCGGACUUCGGCUCCCUUCUCAAGAAUGCAAUUGCCUAUGUCCCGCUGGUGAUUUUAAUCUUGGUCGGUAUCGCCACCAUUACGGCCGCGAUGUUCAGCCCAUGGGGCACAACAGGUCUUUUUAGAUGGACCAGCAAUUAUGGCCGAGACGAAGAUGUCCUCCGGCUGGUUACGCCUGGAUUCUCGGACUGCCUACAGUACCUCCAAUUCGUGGUUUUGACCGGCGCACUUUCAUUGGAUUACCCGGGGUUCUAUCAACCUGCGGUAAGCCAGGGUGCGUGGUCGACUCUGAUGUUCAACCAGAGUUUUAUCAACCCCAGUAUGGGCCGUGAUCCUGUUGUUGAUGGCGUCUACGCUGUUAGUGGGAACUAUGGUCUCGACCGACUAAAUCAGUACGUUGGCAUGGCUACCUCCCAAGACAUUUGGCCCGGUGUGAUGAUAUGGACUUUGGUUAUUCUCGUCAGCGUCACCGUCUUCUUCCAGAUUGCAUUCGCCAUCCGGUGGCUGCACCGUGAAUUAGCCAACAACACAGACCAGGACUUGCGCGCGAGGAAUCUGCCCUUUACAUUGGGCAAUCUCAUCCGCAUUGUUUUCAAUUUCUUGCUUUUCCCCAUCGUCGCCCUUUCCUUCUUCCAAUUGGUACUCGCGGGAUCCUCUACUGCAUACUGUGUCGCUUUGGCAGCUGUGGUUCUUGUUAUCCUGGUUUGCUUCUCAAUCUGGGUCAUUCGGGUAAUUGUUUCAACCCGACCAAAGUCUCAUCUCUUUGACGACUUGCCAACAGUGCUAGUAUAUGGCCCUCUUUACAAUACAUACUGUGACGAUGCUACAGCAUUUGCACUCGUGCCAAUUUUCCUGAACAUUGCUCGGGGGGUCGCGGUCGGUGCUUUGCAGCCAUCUGGCAUCGCUCAGGUGGUAAUGCUAGCAAUUUGCGAAGUGGUCUCUGUUUUGACAAUCUUGGCUUUCCGGCCUUUCCCAGGACCGACUCAUAUGAACCUCUACCAAUGCCUGUUCUCCAUCGUCCGCUUCUUGACAGUCAUAUUGAGCGUGGUUUUCGUUCCUUCCCUGACAGUGUCGGAUGCUGCGCGUGGUUGGAUUGGAUAUUUAAUACUUGUCCUACAUGCUAUGGUGUUGAUCUUUGGAUUUUUCCUCAACGCAAUGCAAACGCUGAUCGAAGUUUUGGCGCGCCUUGCUGGAGCUGGUGGUGCCACACGUGGAGGUCUGACCAAAGUUUUUGGCAUGCGCCAGCUUUCCAGGCGUGCUGCUCGAGGCGGUAUUUCGCGCCAGAGCAUGGGAUCUGAAGCUGCGAUGCUUGGUCACCCGGACGACCGCCUUUCAUCUCAAUUUGAGGGAUCCCGACCUCGCAGCUUCUCCGGUAGCUCGGCUCUCCUUUUGAACCGCGCCACUGCUAGUGAGGGCCGAGCCAGUGCUGUUCUUGAAUAUGCUAGCUCACAGGGUGGAACGCAUAGCCGUGCUGCCAGUGGAGGGUUCCCAACGCCAACGUCAACGGCCUACCAAGGAGCUGGUUUCCCCAGCUCGCCUAACGACUCGGUGUUUGGGAUGCACCCACGCGAUCCUUAUUACCGACCACCUCGACCCGGGCGAAGAACCCCCGAAGGAAGUGUGUCGUUGGAGAAAGGAAAGAGUCCAUCAAGGGGCUUCUUGAAGUCGAUGUCGACCCGACGAGGCGCCAGGAAUGGCGACGAGGGAGACAGAGGUCUCAGGUCUGGCCGAGCUACUCCUGUACCCGCAUACCUCCAGGCACCAAAGGAUGAAAUGGAGUUAGACGGCCCGCAGCAGCCGAAAGAUUAUGCCGUUCGCGAGGUAGAUUUCUACUAUGGUGUCCGAGGUCCACCACUUUCUCACAGUGGCACACGGAAGCUCAAGACUGGGCCCGCAGACCCCACAGGACCCGUAUCCUCCGCGACGGGAUGGUUCCGGGGCUUGCUUCAAGGAAAGACAAAAGACAAAGCUAAAGGAUUCGAGGUGGUCCGAAGCGCUCGAGCACCUCCCCCGGGUAUGCCCCCGCGAGGAGGCUAUAAUGAGCGUUACGAAGAUGACCCAGAUGCGCCAUCGGGUAGCCAGUCUCGUAAUGUGUCUGCGGGGAACGUUCCAUACAACGAUGCCGAUGGUGACAACCCGCACGCGCACGGGCAGUCAAGUGAAUCACGUCCACCCGUAUUGCCACAAAUCAACACUUCAGUUGGUAGUAUCGAGCUCCCCAGUCGAAACGGCUCUCGGCACACGCAAGUAGCUGGUGAGCAAGAUAGCAGCGAUGCAGCCGGUCUCCCUGCUGUCACAGAGACAUUAUCACAUGAAACUGGCGCAGGGCAACGCUCUAUUCGCUCAGAACACCAUCUGCAGCCGGAAAACUCAGCCCGCUUCCCUCUAAGCGGCAAUAGCUCACCCUCUCGCGAACGUGGUCUCUCCAUUACCUCGACAUCACGAUCACGAUCUAAUGCCUCGAGCAAUCAGCCCGACAAACGAUCCGAGCGACCCUCGAGCAUGGGCUACGUACCCCAACACCGAGCCCAUGACAACAUCCACGAAGCAAGUCCGGAUGAACCCUCCUUUGCCGGUAGUUCUGCUGAACUGGUGGAUGAAGCCACCGCCCUGGCCACGCACGAGCAUGGCGAAAAAUAG